AUUAUGUUGCUGUCUCCAUCUUCACUUGCCAUUCCACCUUCUACUCUCCAUGUCCUUCCUACAUCUGACCCUCCCUACAAGCUUCUUCAAAACCACCCAUCUCUGGCUCUCCUCUCUAAGUGCAGAAACAUACAAGACCUCAAACAAGUCCACUCUCAAAUCAUCAAGACUGGCCUCCACAAUACCCAGUUCGCGCUAAGCAAACUCAUUGAGUUUUGCGCUAUUUCGCCUUUUGGUGAUCUUAAUUAUGCCCUUCUAGUCUUCGAAACAAUUGAAGAACCCAAUCAAGUGAUUUGGAACACCAUUAUUAGAGGACACUCAUUGAGUUCAUCGCCAAUUUUGGCUAUAGAAUUCUAUAUUCGCAUGAUUUUAUCUGGAGUAGUGCCAAAUUAUUAUACACUUCCUUUUAUCUUGAAAUCCUGUGCAAAACUUGCUGCUACUAUUGAAGGCAAACAGAUUCACACUCAUGUUCUGAAGUUGGGGCUUGGGUCUGAUGCGUUUGUGCAUACUUCGCUUAUUAACAUGUAUGCACAAAAUGGUGAAUUGGAAAGUGCAAGAUUGGUUUUUGAUAAAAGUAUUCUCCGUGACGCAGUUUCAUACACGGCUUUGAUCACCGGUUUUGCGUCAAGGGGUUAUCUGGAUGAGGCUAGGAAGCUUUUCGAUGAAAUUCCCGUAAGAGAUGUGGUUUCUUGGAAUGCUAUGAUUUAUGGUUAUGCUCAAAGUGGUCGAUAUCAAGAGGCAUUGGAAGUGUUUCAAGAGACUUGUAAUGAAAAUGUUGUUCCUAAUGAAAGCACAAUGGUUACUGUCCUUUCCGCUUGUGCUCAUUUGGGUUCUCUUGAAUUGGGCAACUGGGUUCACUCUUGGAUUGAAGAACAUAGACUUGGUACUAAUCUUCAUACUGUUAAUGCGCUUAUUGAUAUGUACUCAAAAUGUGGUGAUUUGGAGAAGGCACGUGAAUUGUUUGACAGUACAGAGCAGAGGGAUGUUAUUUCAUGGAAUAUUAUGAUUGGUGGCUAUACUCGUAUGAGCUACUACAAAGAAGCAUUAAUGUUAUUUCGGCAAAUGCUACCAUCAGAUGUAGAGCCUAAUGAUGUCACCUUUUUAAGCAUUCUUCCAACGUGUGCUUAUUUAGGUGCGAUUGAUCUUGGCAAAUGGAUUCAUGCUUAUAUAGACAAGAACUUCCAAAAACUAAACAAUAUAUCCCUCUGGACAAGUCUUGUUGACAUGUAUGCUAAAUGCGGAAAUAUAGAGGCAGCAGCACAAGUUUUUGACACCAUGAGUUCCAAAAGCUUGGCUUCUUGGAAUGCAAUGAUAUGUGGGUUAGGCAUGCAUGGGAAUGCAGAUAAGGCUCUUGAACUCUUCUCAAGAAUGAUCAGUGAAGGAUUCAAGCCAGAUGAUAUCACAUUUGUUGGUAUCUUAUCUGCUUGUAACCAUGCUGGUUUUCUAGAUCUUGGACGCCAAUACUUUACCUCAAUGAUCCAAGAUUACAAAAUUUCACCAAAAUUGCAACACUAUGGUUGCAUGAUAGAUCUUCUAGGCCAUGCUGGAUUAUUUGAUGAAGCAGAGGCUCUGAUAGGAACUAUGGAAAUGAAGCCAGAUGGAGCAAUUUGGACUUCUUUACUAGGAGCUUGUCGGGUUCAUGGACAUGUGGAACUAGGUGAAUCUUAUGCAAAAAAUCUCUUUGAACUGGAGCCAGAAAACGCUGGGGCUUAUGUGCUAUUAUCAAACAUCUAUGCAGGAGUUGGUAGAUGGGACGAUGUAGCAAGGAUAAGAACCAGGCUAAAUGACAAGGGAAUGAAGAAGGUUCCUGGUUGUAGCUCAAUUGAGGUGGACAGUGUAGUUCAUGAGUUUCUUGUGGGCGACAAAGUACAUCCUCAGUGCAAACAAAUAUUUGAGAUGUUGGAUGAAAUGGAUACACUUUUGGAGAAGUCUGGGUUUGUUCCUGAUACAUCGGAAGUGCUGUAUGACAUGGAUGAGGAGUGGAAGGAAGGAGCCUUGAGUCAUCAUAGUGAAAAGUUGGCAAUUGCUUUCGGUUUGAUUAGUACUAAGCCAGGGACAACAAUUAGAAUUGUGAAGAAUCUUCGAGUGUGUGGGAAUUGUCAUUCUGCAACGAAGCUAAUAUCAAAGAUCUUCAAUAGGGAAAUUAUUGCUAGAGAUAGAAAUCGUUUCCACCAUUUCAAAGAUGGUUCUUGUUCUUGCAAUGACUAUUGGUAAAAUUCAGACCUUGAAUGUACAAUAUUUAGGAUAAAUUUGAGGCGCCAGUGCGUGGGUUUGUUAUUGUAUAUUGUCAACACACAUCAAGAUUAAUUAAACAAUAUAUAGUCAUUGUGUUUCCA